AUGUCAUGGGACUCACCCACCCAAGGGAGAGUCGAGUUGUUGCCGCAGCAGAAGGUCGUGGCUUCGUUGGUGCACCCUGCUUCGCCGGUGAGCCGCUUGCUAUGUGACCACAACACAGGUUCAGGUAAGACCCUAUGCAUGGUGCGAAUCGUGGACAACUUUUACUUCGAUGGCCGUCCUAAGGUCCUGGUCUUUCCGAAGGAGACAGUUGCCAACAACUUCCUCGAGUCGCUCUUCCAGUGGCCGUCUAGAUGGCGCGACUUUGUGUGCCACCAAAACCCGGCAGCAGCAAGGCUAGCUUCUGACAAGGAGGACUGGUGGCAGGUGCGGCAUGACCGAUGGCACUUGGAUAGAUCCGAGGCUUUGCAGCGCCGUGAGUUUUGUGUGAACCCCAUGCGGGCAACCUUGGAGAUGAAGCGAGCUUUCAUCCGUGGCAAGGCUUCCACCGCUUGGGUUGACAACUACUGGUCGGCACCGAACCCACGUGAGAUCCAUCCUCCAGCCGCACCUUUGCGAGCAUACCGGUUCACUUCAGCUGGGGGCCGAGCUGCGGAACUCGUGGAUGGUGUGCCAAGAGGAUGCGUUUUCAAGGUGGGCUUUGAUACGGCGACCAAGAAUCCGUAUAGUGGCAAAGUUGUGGUCAUGGACGAGGGGCAUAACCUGACACGCCCGAACCGGUUGUUUCAAGGUCAGCUAGACAACCUUCGUCAGUACAUGGAAGGUGCGACCAACACCGUCUUUGUGAGCUGCACUGGGUCAAUGGAGGCGGACUCGUCGUCUGACCCACGGAAACUGCUGGAUGCCGUGAAGGGCGAGCAGAACCGAGAUGGGAUCUACUCCAGCCAAGUUCAAAGCCAAGUCACUGCCUACACGGAAUUGGCUGGGACCUCUCUUGUGAGAUACGUGUACCAGGCGAUUAAGUUGCAGAAAGAAGGCAAGGGUGAGGAGAGCUUAGCAAACUACACAAACAUGUAUGUGUAUUUCGGCAGCUCGGGCCAGCCAGCUUGCAGACAGACACUGCUGCACAAUCCGGAGUCAAGGCCCAAGUUCAGCCCUGUGAUUGCAGCAGUGGUGGAAGCCGCAAGCAGAGGCGAGAAGAGUUUGGUUGUGAUCCGACGCCAGACAGGGUACAAGGCGUUGGUUGCAUUGAUGCAACAUGCUGGUGAGCAGCAUGGUUUCAGCGUUGCUGAGUGCGAGAACAUGGCCGAGUUCAACCACAGGGGCAAUUUGCGUGGUCAGGCCUUCAUGGUUUUAGUCCUGGAGGCGGAGAAGGGUGGAGAAGGCAUUGAGUUUCAUGCCGUUCGCCACGCGAUCUACCUGGAUGUCCCCGAAGGCUUGGCAGUGUACAAGCAAAGGUGUGGAAGAGUAGUGAGGUGCGGAAGUCACAGCAGCCUUCCAGAAGCUGACCGAAGUGUCCGCUUCAUGUUCACCGCUGCUCAGUUUCCAGCGUUUGCGCGAACAGAGUCUCUCUGA